AUGCAGGGUGUGGCGGGAGCGUUCCUCGCUUUCCUGACCUUUGUGGUGCGGGACCACUUCGCGCGUCGGCCGCCCUGGGACGGCGGCGACGCCGACUGGUGCCGCGCGGAGGCUCUGGCACCGUCUCCCGCCCCGCCUGUGCAGGACGACGUUGUCUGCCCCGUGAGCUGGGUCCACCCUGGCAUCGUGGAGGAGAUCGCGCAGCAGCUCGUGGCUGAUCGCUGCGUGUGCGAGGUUCAGUGCAACAGCGUGAGGAGGGACUUCGCCCUCUUCGCGGGCGGCGUGGGUUUCUUCGGCUUCGGACAGCUCAUCUACGGGGUGACCUUCUUCGGCCAGUGCUGCUGCUGUCGACGGGAUGGCGAGCGCCUUACGGUGCGGGAGUUCUUGAAUGAGCUCCUCCCUGGCCGCCUCGUGGCGGUCAAGUACCCAGGAGAGGACCUCUACCACGAGAGGGUGGUCCUCGGCCCGUGCGCUCGCGACUUACUCGGCCGAGUGAGUCGCUGGGAGGUGCUGACGCCCGAUCACGACAAGUACGACGAAGACAUGACCAUGGAGGGCGACGAAGGCGAAGCCAUCGUCCUCCUGGACGACAUGGGCAAUUGUCCAGCGGGCCUGCGAGGAAGAUUUUACCGCUUCGCUGGAGACCGUUAUCCGAGCAGCCAGCAGAUCGUGGACUGGGCCAGAGCCCACGUCGACCAGAUCAGGGCCGCUGGUGAGGAACCGCUGUCGAUGACUCACUACAUCGACCACGAGGGCUCUCGCAGGCCGCUGGCUGGCGUGGGCAGGCGGCGCCGCCUGGGCGGUCCCGCGCCCUUGCCCGCGGGGGGGCCCGAGGCCCCUGGGGGCGUGGCCGCCGCUGGCGGCCUUGUGGCCUUGGACGGCGACGCCGACGGCGCUGGGGCUUCCGUGGGGCCCGCUGGCGCGGUCGGCCUGGGCGCUGUGCGCGACGCCACCGAGGACCCUUUCGGUAUUUUGCGUGCGCGCGGGGAGCCCGCCGAGGGUCGUGUCUGGAUUGUGUGCGAGAACUCCGACGAGCACGAGACCCUCGGGCUGGAGGUCACUUUGAGGCCUGGCGACAUCGCCAUCACUAGCCACGAUGGAUUGGUACAUCGGCACGGCGGGUUCUUGAGGGUUCGCUCGGUGCCUUCAAGCGAGUGCGUCGACUUCGUUGCCCGCCUCAAGGCUCGCAGCACGUCGGCGGCUGCUGAGCCGCCUGCUGGGGCUCUGGCGAUCGGCGGCACGAAGACUCCUCCCAUCGAGGCCGACGACGACGUCAGGACUUUGUGGGUCGACUACGACGAGUCUGGGAACCGUUUCAAGUCCUUCAAGAAGGCCGUGCAGGAGAGCCGCGAGGAGCCCAUCACGGCCGUGGAGGUGCAGGGCCCGCCUGGCACGCUCCACCUCGCGCGGUUCAUCGAGCGGUACGGCGGUGGCCCACGGCGCUGGUGGCAGGGCUUUGCUCGGGACCACGGCAUCAGCAAGACGGACAGGGUCUACCACGAGAUGACGAACCUCACGGAGAGCCUGAAGUUGUUCGGCGAGUACGACCAGCUCAACUUGGGUGCCUCCGCUGGCAUCGAGAAGUUGACGAGACGCAUCUGCGGGGUGAUCGACGCCUACGCGACAGGCGGGGGUGUCCCCAGCGGGAGGAUGGCAGGCGUUUACGAGGGCGAGGCCAACUCGAUCGACGCCAUCGCCCCCGCCUUGCGCAAGUGGGGCCUGACCAAGGUGAAGGACCAGAACGAGCUGGAGCAG